UUUUUUCCUGUUGGUACUGAAGUUAGUGCGAAAUUUAAAGGGGCAUUUUGUAUCGCUCGAGUGAAACGUUUAAUCAAAUCUAUUCGGUGCAAGGUUUUUGAAGCUUUGUCUUUGAUACAUUCUACUAAUUUGCAUAAUCUGAUUGCGCACCGCAAUUUAAUUUGUGGAUCUUUGUGGAUUUAUUCCAUACAUAUGGAUUUUAAUAUGCCAAAAAGCUAG